AUGACAGUGCCGCCGAAAGCACGCACUGUAGCUCAACCACGUCAACGCCAAACAGAUGAAAAAAUGGCGGCGCGGGACUUCGGUCGCCUGGUGUGGGCCCCUGAUAUACAAGAAGGAUACGUGCUUGGCACGUUAGAAGAUAUUGGAUCAGAAAACAUCACAGUGGUGAGAAAGGAUGGGAAAGGACAGAUCAAAGCUAGCUAUGACGAGGUGUUCCCUGCCGAGGACGAUCCGAGAAAGACAGUGGAUGAUAAUUGUAGCUCCAUCUCUUCUGGAGGUUGCUAUGUGAAAAAAGUUGAACGCUUAACCUACGUGGCAAAUAUACUCAUAUCAAUAAAUCCAUAUGAAGAUAUCCCAGGAUUGUAUUCCAAAGAUACGAUCAAUAGGUACAAAGGUAAAUCGCUGGGGCAGUUACCACCUCAUGUAUAUGCUGUUGGUGAGUUAGCUAAUCAAUUAAUCAAUUUAUUGUUUUGCUUUCGAAAUAUAAUGCUGGUGUAUAUGGAAUGCCUUGCAGCUGACAAAGCCUACCUUGAAAUGAGAAGAAAUAAGGAAUCCCAAUACUUAUGCGAAAAUUGGGGUACAACAGCCGGCCCUAUACAACAACGUAUCCUUGAAACGAAUCCAAUACUGGAAGCAUUUGGCAACGCAAAAACGCUUCGAAACAAUAACUCUAGUCGUUUUGGGAAAUUUGUAGAAAUUCACUUUGGCAGUGAUGAUAAGGUAGCUGGUGGAUUUGUGUCACAUUACUUACUUGAGAAGUCCAGGCUAUGUCGUCAGGCCAAAGGCGAACGAAAUUAUCAUAUCUUCUAUCAGCUAAUUGCUGGCGCACCAGCCGAUCUCUAUAAGAGGCUUUGUUUAGCUUCUCCGGAUAAAUUCAAGUAUUUAAAACAAGGAACAACGACAUUCUUUGCAAGACCAGGAUCGAAGUCAAAGAUUGCCUCGGAUAGACUUAGCGAACAGGCUAGAAAAUCAGGUAUGCUGACAGAUUCAAUAGUAGAUGAUGCAGCCGACUUUUUACAUCUUAAUGACGCUCUUGGAAGGGCUGGUCUUUCGCCAAAUGAGAUUUUUGAUAUAUGGCGUACCGUAGCAGGUGUACUUCAUCUGGGAAAUAUUGACUUCGUUGACAGUGUGGAUGAUAGUCGAGGAGGAUGCAAAAUGGAUCCGGUUACUGAAUUGUCGUUAAAAAUAGCGGGCGAGCUGCUUGGAAUGGAAGUUGCUGAAUUGAAAAUGGGACUCGUGUCGAGAAUUAUGCAAGCAACUAAAGGAGGUGUAAAAGGCACAUUGAUUAGAGUUCCUCUAAAACCUCAUGAAGCUGCUGCUGGACGAGAUGCACUCGCGAAAGCACUUUAUUCUCGACUCUUUGAUUGGCUAGUAGCAAGAAUCAAUAAAUCAAUACCGUUUGAAAAAAGUAUUAAUUAUAUUGGGGUACUGGAUAUUGCUGGAUUUGAAUUCUUUGAAGUGAACUCAUUCGAGCAGUUUUGCAUCAAUUUCUGCAAUGAAAAAUUGCAACAUUUUUUCAACGAACGUAUUUUGAAGCAAGAACAGGAAUUAUAUGCGAAAGAGGGAUUGGAUGUACCGCGAAUCGAAUAUUCAGACAAUCACGAUUGUAUCGGUCAGUCUUUGUAAAC